AUGUCUAUGGAUGCAAGGUCAAAGCUAGUUCGAGCUUUUCAGGAAUUCGGAGGCCGUGUUUCCAGUGAACAGCUCUUGAAAUUCAUCAAAGACGAUGAAGCGCUUAGUCAGGAAACGAAAUGUUCCAUGAAGAAGAUAAUUGCAUCAAUUGCUGUAAUUGAGUAUGGUCCGGACCAGAAAAGAUACCUUGUGCUGAAAGACUUAGUUCGAGAUAAAGAAAAUCUAGUUUAUAAUACGGUGUGUCAAGCAACUCAAACAUCAGCGCCACAGCUACAGGAGACGCAUACUACACCUAAAUUAGUAAAGCUUCCUAUUCGUGAAGUUAAUGUUAUUUUCAGGUUCUUUCUUCUCAAAGUAGCCAAUCGACGAGAUCUCCAGUGGUGCAUAAACCUCAUCCUCCAGUAUCUACAGUUCCGUCUGCCCUUCCAACUUUUAAUACAACCACUGCGUCCUCUCCGAAUCAUAAAUAUUCAACAUAUACCAGCAAUGAAACUCGUCUUUGGAUUGAAUCCAAAAUUGGUCAAUUGGGCUGAUCCUGUAAGCGGGGCAGCCAAUGCUUCUCAGGAUUCUCUAACUGUCAAUAAAGAUACUGCUAGUAAGAGAAGUGCUCCUGAAUUACCUUCUGAAUUCAAGUAUCCAGCUAUGCUUCCAACCACCGUUAAACGAAUGGAGAAUUUCAAACAACGCAGUACACCAUCCAAUCUUACACAACACGACAGUUUAAAUCGAACAUCCACACUGAAACUGAUCAGCCAAAAUGGUGGUGGUAGUGGUGGUUGUGAGUACACACAUCGACGCCCAUCAGUAUUCGAAAGCAUUUUGAAGUCGGCUGCAGAUGCUGCACAGAAUUGGAAUAUAAAAAAUAGUGGUGAAAAAAUUCCCACAGAGUCAAAUGUGCAAAAAGAAGGACAACACGAUAGUUCAAAUGACCAACCGCGCAUUGAUUCAACCAACCACCCGUACAUUCGCCUAGUUCAACGUUUAGACUCUCUAAUCUCAUUGCGCAGAGAACAGGGUCUGCGGUCGAUGACAACGGUUUGUUGUCGAAGUUGUGACAUUGGACCAUUUGAUUCCUCAGGUUCAUCAGAGUUUAGUGGCAGUGGGGAUUCCUCAACAACGAACUGCCACUGUCGUAAAUCGUAUUCACUGGACUAUCGAUCCUCUAUUCCUGGGCAUAGCUGUUUUGAUUUAAGCCCCAUAUAAUAAUCUCUCAUCCAUCUACAUUAAUACUCUCUAUCGUUUAAAAACACUUCAGCCAUAACAAAACUCAUCCACCCAAUCUGUCUAUAUUUACUUCUUACUUUAGCUCUAAAUGUACAAACUUCGUAGUCAGUCUGAGAAAGAAGUCGAAAACAUCAAAUCAAUCACCAGAUUUUCAUUCAUUGAAAUUACUUUUAUCCUUAUUGCCUCCACCGUCUGAGCCAUUAUUUACAGAAGAAGGAAACGGUAGUAAUGGAAAGCUUAAAAAACAUUCCAUCUCAUCAUUUCACAGACAAUUACGCAAAAAACUUAAUCGUUCCCUAUCAAAUUCUUCAGCAUUAUCAUUAACAAUUUCUAGUCAUCAUCAUAGUAUAUCGAAUGAAUUUCAUUCACUUCCUCAUCGAUAUCAUUCUUCGUCUUCUUCUUCUUCACCUUCUUCGCCCUAUAUUAAUGGACAUCAUAAAUCACUUUCAGCAACGGCAAUAUUAGCUGAAACAGAUGUACGCCAAUUGUUAACUACUAAAACGUCUACGUUGAUUAAACGUAAAACAUCGAGUAUCAGUCAAGAAUCAUCGAUAUGAAUACUAAUUGAAAUUUCUUGAUAAGUAAUUUUGUUUUUUGUUUUUUUCCUUCCCUUUUGUAAUACAUUUCAUGUCUCAUUUGUUGAUUAUUUUUAUCGUUAGAUAACUGGUUGUUGUCAACAGGUGAAUUGGAGAACUAUUCUAUUCAUUUGUGUUUCUCUGCAACUAUUAUCGUUCGGCUUUUUUGUAUAUGAAGCAGUCUGCUAUCAUCAUAAACAUACAUAUUUUCAGUUGUUUUUUUUUUUACUGAUCACAACAGUGUUUCUUUUGUUAAUUAUUACUUUUAUCAUUUAAAACGAUAAUCAACUCUUUGUUACAUUUUAGUUUAUUUAUUUGAUUGAUAUAGCACACAUUAAUGCAGUAUAAUUUACCAGAUGACGUUUCGAACAGAAUUUAUGGCUCAUUUGCAUAACAAGUAUGAGCAAUAAAUUUUGCUCGAAAAGUCAUCCAUUAUUAUAAACUUCAUCAUUAUGUGACAUAUCAAAUAGACAAUUUAAUGUAGAAUUAAACUCUACCAAAAUGCCAAAGAUUUACACUUACAUCAACUCUUUGCUUACUGCUUUUAUGUAAUAUAGCAUUUACACAACUGUCUAGCAAUGUUGUUUCCUUCUGGUUCCCCUAAAACCAUCGGGUUAUGGGUUUGAAUCAAACCUCGGUUAUUUUGAUGUGUGAGUAGUCAGAGUGGAGGUUCCCC